AUGCAUCGACGAAGUAAUGUUGUGAAUGUGAUCGCAGUUUUUUACCGUCGUUUCUCAGAAAAAACAUUCUUUGGAAUUCAUACUGUUUGGUACUUUAUUUUUUUACCAAAUUUAUAUUGGAGGAUCCUGACAUAUGUCUGUUUCUUGCCCCACUAUGACGUGACUGUUGACUUCCAGAAUAAAGCGGUCUGCCUUCUAAUUGGCCUCUGUACACUGACUAGUAGAUUGAUCGCAUUUGCUCGCAGAGCAAACUAUAAAUGCAUAGUUUGCUGGAUCUAUGAACAAAUGGAGAAAUCAGGCAGCGAAACGAUCAUUCAACGAAGUGAUCAUUCAAAUUUUUAG